AUGGAUGAGAAUGAGGAGGAAAGACGAGAACGUAUUACAGCACGAGCGGAAGAGAUCUUGCGUGGCAAACGCUGUGUUGGAAUGCUAGUUGGUACCACAUGUCCCGUGUGCCUCAUGGACGAUGUGGAUACACAAUUAUCAGGAUGUGGUCACUUGAUUCACGCCAAGUGCAUUAAACGCUGGGUCCAGUCAGGUACGUGUUGUCCUGUUUGCAGAGAAGAGGUGGUGGACGUGGAGGAAGCUUUUACGUCUCCAGCUGCUUUGGAACUGACAAAAGACCGUCUAACGUCAUCCUCUGAAGCUGGAACGUAUUUACCAGAAGAUGAAGAGGGAAUACAGACGGAGGAUGAUACCAGCUAUGAAUGGGGCUGGUUUGAAGACUUUGACGAGGGUGACAAUGGAUCAGAUGGUGGUUUCUCGACUAAGAGAAGCGACAUGGUGUACUUGGCUCGUCGGUCACUACCGACGUUUCCAGCCUCGGCAAGUAUGAAGUCACUUACGACACCUAUACUGAAUCGACAAAUGUCGAGUAGAUUUAACAUGUUUCGGACGUUCCCACCUCUUCGUGAGAUCUACGACACGCCCUAUCACCUGAGCAAGUAUUCAUGGAUGCGAGUGCUACCGUCUCACCGCCACAUUGCAGCUAAUAUUCAGAUCCACACCUUUCGCAUUGUCGAAGCCAAGAGUUCCAAGGAACAUGCUGAGUACCUUAUUGAGAUGCAGCUGGAUGGCCACUACUUUAGCCGCUGGCGUCGUUUCUCCGAGAUUUAUCGUUUUGUGAACUCGCUGAAUCGUAACCAGUUUCGGCAAUCGAUGGUGGUCUGGCAACCCAUUGAAGCUCAUAGUCGGUGGUUCAACCGCCUUGAGCUUAGUUACCUGCAUAAACGAUGUCGUAUGCUCGAGGAAUUUGCCUACAUGCUAUUGAUUGAGUGCUCGAAUGCGCAUCCGUUGGCUGAUCUAAUGGAGUGCUAA